AUGAGUACGAAUAUCCUCAUGACCGGGGCUGCAGGCUACAUUGGAGGCUCCAUCGUCGCGGACUUCCUAGCUCUCAACAGUGAUGUGAUCAAGGCUGCGAAUAUCAGCGCCACGGUUCGAACAGACGAACAGGCCAGAAGCCUCUCGAGUCUGGGCAUCAACGUGCUUCAGGUGGAUCUCACCGACCAGACAGCCGUAGCAGAGGCUGUGCAGGCCAACAAGAUCCAUAUGAUCAUCCAUACUGCCAGCUCUAUCGACUCGCGCAUAGUACUCCACCUCAUCACAGCUCUGGGCAGGCGACGCGAAGCGAAUGGGGAGAAGCCUUGCUUCAUUCAUACGUCUGGAUUGUCCGCUUUCGAUGAAGCGACCGGCUGGAAGUUUGGAGACGUGAAGGACACCGACUCCAUAAUCAGCCUGGAGAGGCAAGUGGCGGACUCUUACCUUCUUCGAAAGGUUGAUGUGCUCGUUACGGAGAAAGCAAAGGAGCAUGGUGUUACAAGCUAUAUCGUCUCGCCAGCGACACUUUGUGAGUGCCACACCACACUUCACAGCGGCGAAGCUCGAUUGGAUCUUGCUGACGUUUCAUCAGACGGAAGGGGAACUGGUGCUUGGAACCAGCUCACCAUCCAGCUUCCAGUCUACAUCAAGUCCAGUAUAUCCCUUGGGAAGGUGCACAAAUUCGCCGAGAACAUUGCCGCCCCUUUUGUACACAUAUCGGACCUGACAGACUUCUACGCGCGGCUCGUCGAGAAGAUCAUCCGGAAAGAACAGCUGCCAAGCGGCGAAGAUGGCUACUAUUUCGCAGUAGCCCACUCCACCCACUGGUGGGAUAUCCUGGAUCAUCUCGCCCUGGCACUCCACGCCCGCGGUCUCGCAGAGCCGGCGACGCACAUCUGGCCCAGCGAGGAGAUGGCCGCGCAGUCGUUGGGUGUUCCGGUUGAUUACGCACGCAGUAUAUGGAACGGAGGCCCGAAGGUAACCUCGGAGAAGAAACACCUACUGGGAUGGCAGCCGGCUUGGGACAGUGAAAGGUUCCUGCGGAGCAUGGAUGAGGAGAUACAGGCCGCACACGAGCUGGGUGGGCCCAAGAGCAGCUUGUUGGACUCUCUGCCUACUUCACACAGCAAGUGA